CAAUUAAGAACAGAGAGAUCUUUCAGUAGUGUUACUAUUGCAGAGAGAGAGAGAGAGAGGGAGAGAGAGAGAGAGAGGGAGAGAGCAGUGAUAAAUGGAGUCGUGGGUUCGAUUUCUCGUGCUUUUUCUGGCGUGCCUUCUUCCGGGUUUGGUUGAGAGCAGAAUCCGACACUACAAGUUUAAUGUGGUCUUGAAAAAUACUACCAGACUAUGCUCCACCAAGCCGAUCGUAACCAUUAAUGGUCGGUUCCCGGGGCCAACCCUCUAUGCCAGGGAAGACGACACAGUGCUCGUCAAAGUUACCAACCAUGUCAAGUAUAAUGUUUCCAUUCACUGGCAUGGUGUCCGGCAACUGCAAACUGGUUGGGCAGAUGGUCCAGCAUACAUCACACAGUGCCCAAUUCCCCCAGGCCAAAGCUAUGUGUACAACUUCACCAUCACAGGGCAAAGAGGCACACUUCUUUGGCAUGCGCAUAUUCUCUGGCUAAGGGCCACAGUCCAUGGUGCCCUUGUAAUUUUGCCCAAGCGUGGUGUGCCUUAUCCAUUCCCAGCACCCCACAAGGAAGUAAAUGUCAUAUUAGCUGAAUGGUGGAAAUCAGAUACUGAAGCAGUGAUCAAUCAAGCUCUCAGUUCUGGUGUAGCACCAAAUGUCUCGGAUGCUCACACCAUUAACGGCCAUCCAGGCUCCGUUGCAAAUUGUUCUUCCCAAGGCGGCUUUACAUUGCCUGUGGAAAACGGCAAGACCUACCUGCUACGUAUCAUCAAUGCUGCGCUCAAUGAGGAGCUCUUCUUCAAAAUUGCAGGACACAAAUUGACCAUAGUGGAAGUAGAUGCUACCUAUGUGAAACCAUUCAAAACAGACACCAUUGUGAUUGCCCCAGGGCAAACCACCAAUGCCCUCAUCACAGCGAAUCAAAACUCAGGCAAGUACUUGGUUGCAGCCUCACCAUUCAUGGACUCUCCCAUUGCUGUCGACAACCUCACUGCCACUGCAACUCUGCAUUAUUCAGGCACACUUGCAUCCACACCCACAACUCUCACCAACCCACCUCCCCAAAACGCAACCCAAGUUGCUAACAAUUUUAUCAACUCCCUCAAAAGCUUAAAUUCCAAGAAAUUUCCAGCCAAAGUCCCAUUGAAAAUUGACCACAACCUCUUGUUCACAGUUGGGCUCGGGAUCAACCCGUGCCCUACUUGCAAAGCAGGUAAUGGGAGCAGAGUUGUGGCAAGUGUCAACAAUGUCACAUUUGUUAUGCCAACAACUGCUCUUCUUCAAGCUCAUGUUUUCAACAUCAGUGGGGUUUUUACCACCGAUUUUCCCGGCAACCCGCCAAAUACCUUCAACUUUUCUGGAGGUCCAUCUGCAAAUGCGAGCAUGGCAACCACAAAUGGGACAAAGCUUUAUAGGCUGGCUUAUAACUCGACUGUUCAACUUGUUUUGCAAGACACUGGGACUAUAUCCCCUGAGAACCACCCUGUCCAUUUACAUGGAUUCAAUUUCUAUGCUGUGGGGAGGGGAGUGGGGAAUUACAAUCCCAAGAAGGAUCCUAAGAAGUUUAAUCUUGUUGAUCCUGUUGAAAGGAACACAGUUGGAGUGCCAUCCGGCGGAUGGGCAGCUAUCCGAUUUCAAGCAGAUAAUCCAGGGGUGUGGUUCUUGCAUUGCCAUCUUGAAGUGCACACGACAUGGGGGCUUAAGAUGGCAUUCCUGGUGGACAAUGGGAAAGGACCGAAUGAAUCAAUUCUACCACCUCCAAGCGAUCUCCCAAAAUGUUAAUGUAGCCAAAAGGGGCCUCUAGUCUUGCAAGUAGAGAGAACUAACAAAAAAGGAGACGUGCGGACUCAAAGGCACAUGAUCAAGAAGAAGAAGAAGAAGAAAGAGCGGAUGAAUAAACAAACAAAAUUAUAUAUAUUUCUAGAUUCAAACUUAUUUCUUGAGUGACUGAAAAAAUUUGCUCGAGCAAAGUUUGAGUUAAUUUUUGGUUGUUGAAGUGAAGAAUACCAUUUUUUUUUUCAAGAAUUAAUAUAUGUAUUGGAUCUUGGAUGUGCGAGUCUUUGUUUAUCUAUUAUAAAGUUGUGAAAUGGAAUUUUAAAUUUCUUUUUCUUGUGA